CUUAGACUCACUAUAACACAUUUGGAAAAGUCACAUUGGUUAAAAUAUUCUUCAUUUUGAAUUUAAGCAGUAAUGGCAAAAUUGAUCAUUUUUACUAUUAUCUCCACAGCACAUAUUUUUGUGUGCUGGGGACAAGACAGCGUUGAACAGCCUUCCAAAGAAAUGACUGCAAAAGAAGGAGAACAAGUUGCUUUACUGUGCAAUUAUACUUCUGUUACUACAAAUGCAUAUCUCUUCUGGUAUAAACAGCUACCAAACACAUCACCAACAUUCAUUCUGAGUGAAUUCACAAUUGGUAAAGGAACUACUGCACCUGAUUUUAAGGAGAGAUUUUCUGCAACAAUGGAUUCCACACUGAGAACAGUUCCACUGACAAUCCAGAAUCUGCAUGUGUCUGAUUCUGCUGUGUACUACUGCGCUCUGCAGCCCACAGAUGCUGUCCACCAGAAUACAAGAUUUCAAACUGCUUUUGAAGGUGCAGCUGUAACAAUCAAUUGUACAUAUGAAAGCACUGAUCCAUCCCCAACUAUCUUCUGGUACCAGCAAAAAGGGAAUGGAUCCCCAAAAUACAUGCUGAACACAAUUAGUGCUUAUGGAAAUAAAAACCAAGAGUUCAAAGACAGGUUUAAUGCAGUUCUCGACAGCUCUUCAAAAUCAGUUCCACUGACAAUCCAGGAUCUGCAUGUGUCUGACUCUGCUGUGUACUAUUGUGCUCUGCGGCCCACUGAGACUAAAACACAUUCAGCACUCAUACAAAAACUCUGUGUGAGCAUUCACAAAUUACUUCCAAAACAAGACCGCCGGUUCUUUGAGAUUCUGCAAGCUCAAGCAGAGGACCGGCACGCGAUCCGGAGCUUCCUCAGCCAGGAGAGAACCCCGGCCGCAACCCUGGACAGCCACAGCCCCCUGCCCCCACCCACACUCUUAAAGAUGGGGACGGAAGAUGACCAAGAGGCCUUCCUCGAUCUUUUUGAGUGA